AUGUUGCAGCUGGUACGAGCUGCUUUCGAACAGCCCUGCGCAGAAGUACAUACGAAAUUGUCGAAUACAGAUCUCGUAACAGAAACCGAUCAGGCCGUUGAAAAACUACUAAUCGAGAAUAUUUCGAAAAAAUUUCCUGACCAUAAAUUUAUUGGUGAAGAAUCGGUAGCGGGUGGCCAAAAAAUUGAUUAUACGGAUGCGCCAACCUGGAUUAUUGAUCCAAUUGAUGGUACCACUAAU